UUUCAGUCACGAUAUUAGUUUGGUAGUUGCUGGGAGAUGGGUAAACGCAAGGGUUGUGGGAAACUGGGAAGAAUGGUGAGGAACAGGCCUGGUAGUGCUUACCAGUCUUCUCUUCUUCAGUCCCCUGUUGUUUCUGUUUGGGAUUGUAUUGUGCGCAAAAUGAGGUAUUCCCAUAUACCUGAGUGGGUGUAGCUGCAGUUUCAGUAAUUUGGUUUCAUUACAGUUUUCAUAUUUGGAAUCAUUAGUUCUUUGCUAUAGUAUUAAUAACAAAGUAUAGAAGGAAACGGAAAUAAAUAGUUGUAGAGAUGGAAUGUGAUAAAGCUUCACCUGCUGUUAGAAAAGGGAA